UGAAACCCGGGCGUCAGUGCGAAGGGUCCUGCCCCCGAGGGUCGCCGUGGGCUUGCCAAGCAGGCCGUGUCUCCCGGGUUCUGUCAGGCUCUCUGCACAGGCCUGGCUGCACGGUGCCAUGGAAGCGGUGUGGGCCCUCUGUGUGGCCUUGGCUGCAGGCCUGGCCGCCGACAGCCCGCCUAACAUUGUGCUCAUCUUUGCCGAUGAUCUGGGCUACGGGGACCUGGGCGCCUAUGGGCACCCCAGUUCCACCACCCCCAACCUGGACCAGCUGGCUGUAGGGGGGCUGCGGUUCACCGACUUCUACGUGCCUGUGUCUUUGUGCACGCCCUCUAGGGCUGCCCUCCUCACUGGCCGGCACCCUGUCCGGAUGGGCCUGUACCCUGGAGUCCUGGAACCCAGCUCCCGGGGAGGCCUGCCCCUGGAAGAGGUGACCCUGGCUGAGGUCCUGGCCUCCAGUGGCUACCUUACAGGGAUGGCCGGCAAGUGGCACCUUGGGGUGGGACCACAAGGGGCCUUCCUGCCUACUAAUCAGGGCUUCCAUCGAUUCCUGGGCAUCCCGUACUCCCAUGACCAGGGCCCCUGCCAGAACAUGACCUGCUUCCCACCAGCCACCCCAUGUCACGGCGGCUGUGACCAGGGCAUAGUUCCUAUCCCACUGCUGGCCAAUCUGUCUGUGGAAGCACAGCCCCCCUGGCUGCCUGGAUUAGAAGCCCGCUAUGUGGCUUUUGCCCGAGACCUCAUGUCCGACGCCCAGCGCCAAGAUCGUCCAUUCUUCCUCUACUAUGCCUCCCAUCACACCCACUAUCCUCAGUUCAGUGGGAAGAGCUUUACAGGGCGCUCGGGUCGCGGGCCAUUUGGGGACUCCCUGAUGGAGCUGGAUGCCGCUGUGGGGGCCAUAAUGACAGCCGUGGGGGACCUUGGGCUGCUCGGAGAGACGCUGGUCAUCUUUACUGCAGACAAUGGACCUGAGACGAUGCGCAUGUCCCGUGGUGGCUGCUCUGGUCUCCUGAGAUGUGGAAAGGGGACAACCUUCGAGGGUGGUGUCCGAGAGCCUGCUUUGGCCUUCUGGCCGGGCCACAUCGCUCCUGGUGUGACCCAUGAGCUGGCCAGCUCUCUGGACCUGAUGCCCACCCUGGCAGCCCUGAGUGGGACCUCACUGCCCAACGUCACUUUGGAUGGCUUUGACCUCAGCCCUGUGCUGCUGGGCACAGGCAAGAGCCCUCGGAAGUCUCACUUCUUCUAUCCUGCCUACCCAGACGAGAUCCAUGGGGUCUUUGCUGUGCGAAGUGGGAAAUACAAAGCUCACUUCUACACCCAAGAGCUGACCACCUCCCCAGGUUCUGCCCAUAGUGACACCACUGUGGACCCUGCCUGCCAUGCCACCAGCCCGCUGACUGCUCACGAGCCCCCUCUGCUCUAUGACCUGUCUAAGGACCCUGGUGAGAACUACAACCUUCUGGAGGGUACUACUGAAGUCACCCCAGAGGUGCUGCGGGCAAUGAAGCAGCUUCAGCUGCUCAAGGCCCAGUUUGAUGCAGCCAUGAAGUUUGGCCCUAGUCAGAUGGCCCGGGGUCAGGACCCUUCCCUGCAAAUCUGCUGCAAGCCCAGAUGUACUCCUUACCCAGUCUGCUGCCAAUGCCCAGAACUCCAGCCCAGAGGGCACUGACCAGGUGCACAGGGAAGACCCCCAAGGCCAACCUAGGGCCCCCUCCAUGCCCUUGGCACGUGGUGGUUUAUCACCAUGAGGGCAUGUGGAGGAGUUUAUGCCUGAUAAUGUAAUAACACCAACUAAGACUUGCAGGUAUGGUAAUUCAGCUACUCCUUGUGGUAACUCUGGUGAUAUUCCCCUAUUACUAAUAAAGAAACUGAGGCACAGGAAAGUCAGGGACUGGUGCAAGAUCACUCAGCCAGAAAGAGGUUGGGCUGGGAUUUGAAUCCAGGUGUCCUUGUUCCAGAAGCUUCUCCACCCCCAGUGAUCUGCGCAUGUCAAUACAUGCAUGUAAACAUCAGCCCCAAACAUGGAUACAUCCAUUCACAGGAUCAGUAAGUGCUUUUAGGUGGCAGGAACAGGUGGGCAGGGCUUGAGGGCGCAGUGACCAGAAGACCUCAAGAUGCAAAAUGCCUGAGAGAGACAAGUUUUCUCCUGAAGAAAUGUUCUUAGAGAAGCAGAAGCUGGUGCCUAAUUUUUAUUAGAAGCCUGCUGGAGUCAGGUGAUGAGGUGCACAUUCCAGGUGAGGAUAAGGGGCUUAGGGCCCUGCCAGCUCCUAGGAGAGCACACAGCAGCUCCUGAGCCAGCCUUGUGGGGCCCAUCUACCUCUCAAGCUCUUCCUUCCUCCUGCAUGCUUCCUUCCUGUGUCCCAGCUUCACCUUUGAUGUCUUGUACUAGCUGUUUUCCACACCAAAGUGAUCUGUUACUAUCA